AAGGCAGAGAAGGCAGAGGCUUUCCAAAGUUCACACGACAACCUGCUGGGAGCUCGUGCACCAACACCGAGGGUGAACUUGUGAUUUCCUUGGAAAGAAAGCUGGAAGUAAUGGUUUUCUUUAGUCUAAUUCCAAUGCAUGUGAAAUUAAAGUAAGAAAGGAACCUCACUGAAAGAAAGUGGUUGCAUCACCGAAGAACUUCCUCUAUUCUCAGCAGUUUGCACAACCUAUUUGUCUAUAUUAUUGUGCACUUACUUCUUCAGACACACAUUAUUCAUGCCGUCAGAAGUAGUUGCCAAGGUAGUUCAGCCGACUGGAUCUGGCACAGCCCCCACCAGCAGUACCAAUGAAGCAACCCCUGGAGGUGGAGGGAUCUACUCUGCCAUCCUCAGCAGGAACUUGCCCAUUAUAGGUGGGAACGAAAAAAACUUCGAGCAGCUGCGGACGAAAUAUCUAGAGAAAAAAGUUCUAUUUGAGGAUCGAGACUUCCCAGCAAAUGAAACUUCUCUGUUUUAUAGUCAGACAUUUCCCGUCAAGUUUGAAUGGAAACGCCCUCCAGAAAUAUGUGAAAAUCCCGAGUUUAUAAUAGGAGGAGCUAACAGAACGGAUAUCUGUCAAGGAGAUUUGGGUGACUGCUGGUUUUUGGCUGCUAUUGCUUGUUUGACCCUUAAUGAAAAACUACUUUUUCGAGUAAUCCCCCCAGACCAGAAUUUCACAGAAAACUAUGCUGGGAUUUUCCAUUUUCAGUUUUGGCGUUACGGCGAUUGGGUGGACGUGGUAAUUGAUGAUUGCUUGCCGACUUUUAACAAUCAGCUAGUCUUCACCAAGUCUUCUCAGCGCAAUGAAUUCUGGAGUGCACUACUGGAGAAAGCCUAUGCAAAGUUACAUGGAUCCUACGAGGCUCUCAAGGGUGGAAACACCACGGAGGCUAUGGAAGACUUCACCGGGGGAGUGACUGAAUUUUAUGAGAUAAAAGAAGCUCCAAAAGACUUGUUCAGGAUUAUGAAGAACGCUUUCGAGAGGGGCUCACUUAUAGGAUGCUCAAUUGAUGACAAAGAUCACUUUUCCUUUGGGGUGGUGACACCCUCAGAUAUGGGUGAAGCAAUGAAGAAAAUGAUUGAGGGUGUUGGUGACACUCACCAUGACUGCGAUAACUCACACCCAAAGCCACCACUGGCCAUUGUCCCUGCACACUUUGAGACUCGCAUGGCCAGUGGACUGGUGAAAGGACAUGCUUAUUCGCUCACAGGAGUGGAAGAGACUGCAUUCAAGCGGGACAAGGUGAAGCUGGUGCGUCUAAGAAAUCCCUGGGGACAGGUGGAAUGGAAUGGAUCCUGGAGCGAUAACUCUAAAGAGUGGACAGUAAUUGAUAAAUCAGAAAAGUCACGUCUACAACACCAGAUAAAAGAAGACGGCGAGUUUUGGAUGUCAUUUGAUGAUUUUAUGAAGAAUUUUACCAAACUAGAAAUAUGCAACUUGACAGCAGAUGCUCUAGAGUCAGAUAGCCUCCAAACGUGGACUGUUUCCGUUAACGAGGGACGGUGGGUCAGAGGCUGCUCUGCUGGAGGAUGCCGAAACUUUCCAGACACGUACUGGACUAAUCCUCAGUAUCGUCUGAAGCUCCUAGAAGAAGAUGAUGACCCCGAUGACAAUGAGGUUGUCUGUAGCUUCCUUGUUGCUUUAAUGCAGAAGAACCGCAGAAAAGAUCGGAAGGCAGGAGCCAAUCUUUAUACCAUUGGUUUCGCAAUUUAUGAGGUUCCGAAAGAGAUGCAUGGCAAUAAGCAGCAUUUACAAAAAGACUUCUUUCUGUACAAUGCAUCCAAGGAUAGGUGCAAGUCAUAUAUAAACAUGAGAGAAGUCUCCCAACGCUUCAGACUACCUCCCAGUGAAUACGUCAUCAUCCCUUCCACUUACGAACCUCACCAGGAAGGAGAAUUCAUUCUGAGAGUCUUCUCUGAAAAACGAAAUAUCUCAGAAGAAGUUGAAAAUAAGAUUGAAGCAGAACGACCCAGUAAAAAGAAAAAAGCCAAGCCAAUCAUCUUUGUAUCGGACAGAUCAAACAGCAAUAAGGAGUUGAGUGUGGACGAAGGGUCUGAUGAAGAGAAGAAAAAAAAGGCAGCAGUGCAAAAAGAGAAAAAAGAUAAGGCCCCUACCAACACUGAUAAAGAGAGUGAAGAGGAGAAGCAAUUCAGGAACAUAUUUCAACAGAUUGCAGGGGAUGAUAUGGAAAUUAGUGCUGAUGAACUACGAUCUGUUCUGAAUAGAGUUUUAAACAAACACAAGACCUUGAAGACUGAAGGGUUCACUCUGGAAUCUUGUCGCAGCAUGAUCGCUCUAAUGGAUACAGAUGGCUGUGGCCGGUUGAACCUACAAGAAUUCCAUCAUCUAUGGAAGAAAAUCAAGCAAUGGCAGCAAAUAUUCCUACGUUACGAUGCAGAUCAAUCUGGAACCAUCAAUAGUUACGAGAUGCGCAAUGCCGUUAAUGAAGCAGGUUUUCACCUGAACAACCAGCUGUACGACAUCAUCACGAUGCGGUAUGCAAACAAGCAGAUGAACAUUGACUUUGACAGUUUCAUCUGCUGCUUUGUACGUCUGGAAGGAAUGUUUAGAGCAUUUCAUGCAUUUGACAAAGAUGGUGAUGGCAUAAUUAAGCUCAAUGUGUUGGAGUGGCUGCAGCUCACUAUGUAUGCCUAGACAACGCCACGAGCUAUACCAACCUCCUACCGCUCACAUUUCUCAACCACUCUCAUACAAGGACCGACUCAGGAUCUCUCUGCUCGACAGAGCAAAUCUUUACCUCAUUGCUCCAAAAUUUACGUGAAAACCAGUUUACUUCUUCACCUGGCGCAGUCUUCUGUCUAUGAGCACAGUUAAGGAGUUUAGGUUCCAGUAAAAGAUCUGGACGUGUGGUAUUUGAAUACAAUAGUUCUGUACGAGCCGUAUGUCUCUAAUCAAUCCUCUGUCUUAUUCAUCACUAGAACCCAACGUACAAUGGACCUCAUAAGUAAAAGCCCUUGCAGACACAAAGUGGAGCUGCAGUUCAUAGUCGGCAACUAGGGAUCAUGCACACAGCCGUGUCCAUAUUUCUAUGUGCAAAAUACGCAUAGCUUCCGUGUGCGUUUUUCUCACUCGCAUGAACUGAAAGGACAAGUCUCAUCCGUAAGCAGAGACCAGAUUAAGACCUGCUGUAUCAUGACCAUACAGAUUCGUAAAAAAUAUGGAUGCGUGCAUGGUCCCAUAGAAAUGAAUGGGUCAGUGUGCUAUCAGCAAAAAAAAAAGCUGAUUAAAAUAGACAUAAUGCUCAUUCUGUUCUUUAAAAUUUGGCAAAUUUUCCUAAAUUUUAAUGUAUAAGGGUGAAGUACCAGCAAAUCAGCAUGUAACGUGAGGCUCUGCAGCGGAAAAAUUCUGUUGCUGCCAGACUUGCCCUCAUGCACACGACCGUAUGUAUUUUGAAAUCCGCAAAAAAUACGGAUGACGUCUGUGUGCAUUCCUUAUUUGCGGAACAGAACAGCCAGCCCCUAAUAGAACAGUCCUAU